AUGCUCGCGAAUGGGGACGAUUCAUGGAUCUCUCUGCUCGCCGUUGCAACGAUCGGCUCACAGUACUCCUCCAUCUCGAACUCUGAGCAGUACUCUAAAGGAUUACAAGAGCUUCUUCAUCGAGCGGUGGCGGCCUACAGCACGCUUCUCAGCUUAAUGUGUCUGCAGUUCUCGGGAUCUCGACGGGGGGGCAUGAGAGCGCAAUCGAACAUGAACGAAAUGAUGUCCUUAUGUCGCUUCGUGGUCAGUUCUCAGCGCAGCGGAACCAGCGAGCUGAACCCCGACCCAGACCAGGAACAAGACUGGAGCGGCUGGCUCGCCGUUGAGUCGCGGGUUCGGCUGGCUCAUUGUAUUUACAGUUCCCUGCACAUGAAGCUGCUUGGAGAUGCCGAGACUCCAAAACCUGGCAAGAAAGGAGUCAAUCUCCAGAAGGUAGCGCUAUCGCCCCCCAGUCUCGUCUCAAACCUUGCUAAGAAGCCCACGCCACAGUGA